CUAAACCGGGCCCUUGAGAAUUCUCUGCUACUUGAUGCCGUUACUUUGAGUUGAGGGGUGCGGGCAGCGUCAGGUUUGGCUCGCCGUCUGAGUUCGGGCGGAGAUCCAUGGCCUCGUUGCUCUCCUGCUUCGCCAUCUCCGCUCUCUUCAUUUCCCUUCUCCCUUCUGCCCAAUCCAUCUACUGCGACGAGGAUGAUUGCUACGACCUCCUCGGCGUGACGCAGAGUGCGAGUGCUUCUGAAAUCAAGAAGGCUUACUACAAGCUCUCUCUGAAAUAUCAUCCUGAUAAGAAUCCAGAUCCGGAGUCGAGGAAGAAGUUUAUCAAAAUCGCCAAUGCUUAUGAGAUUUUGAAGGACGACACCACCAGAGAGCAGUAUGAUUAUGCUAUCGCACACCCCGAGGAGGUGUUCUACAAUACAGCACGUUAUUAUCGGGCAUACUAUGGGCACAAGACAGAUCUGCGGGCAAUUUUAAUUGGUCUUCUAUUAGUUCUUUCAGCGUUUCAAUACCUGAAUGGAUGGUCGAGGUACAAGCAGGCUGUUGCGAUGGUGAAGCAAACUCCAGCUUAUAAAAAUAAGCUCCGUGCUCUGGAACUUGAGCGUAAUGGAGGAUUAUCAAACAAGAAAAAGGGUUUUAAACAGAUAAACAAGAAAGUGGGAGAAGAGCUGAGUAAUGAACUUGAGUUGCAGAUUCAAGGUGCAGAGAAGCCCUGCAUUUGGAAACUUAUUGGCAUUCGGUUUAUCCUACUUCCUUACACUCUUGGCAAGCUUUUAUUCUGGAGAGCUUGUUGGGCUUGGAGGUACCAGAUCACAAGAGCUGCCUACUCCUGGGAUGAUGCUUGUUACUUGACCCGGACAUGCCUCAAAAUACCUCCAGAUGUGUGGGGAAACAUGGAUGAUGCUGUGAAAGAUAAUCUUGUACAGAAGCGCUUGUGGAAGAGAUCCAACAUGGAAAGCUACCUUGCAGAAUUGAGGAGGGAAGGGAGGAGAAAAAGGUAGCAGGCUAGCAGCGGGGCCAACUUUCCAUCUCAGUAUUUUAACUGAAGUUUCCUGCAUUCAUUGCUUCACCGACCUCCUGGAGCAAUGAAGGAGGCCUUGUAUUUCCUUUAUAACUUGACGGGCUGAUUAAUUUUACUUUCUAUGUAUACCUGGCUAAUGCAAAUUAGGAUGGUUUAAGCAGAUAAUUGGAAGACCAUAUGAGGUUCUCAUGAA